AUGGCGGACGAGGUGAGGUGCGAAGUUUGUAACAAAAUUAGUGCUAAAUAUCGCUGUCCAGGUUGUUCAAGACGGACAUGCAGGUAAUGCAGUGUACUUGAAGGCUGAUAUUAAUUUGCGAUGUCGUGAUUAAUACCACACUGAGUGUUAUUUCUCGUGUCUUGUUUUUGUCAGCUUGGCAUGUGUCAAAUGCCACAAAAUCCAAUUUCAGUGCUCAGGGAUUCGCAGCAAGACAAAGUUUGUGUCAGUCGACAAUUUCACAGAUAGUAACUUGUUAUCAGGUAAUGGAUCUUAAAAAGUAAACGGCUAUUUCAAAAUAUAAACGUUUUAUAUAGAAGCAUACUUGUACACCAUGCACGUGUGUAAAUGGGUUUGUGUUUAAAAUUUAGAUUACAGGUUCCUGGAGGAUGUGGAUAGGUUGGCUUUUUCAGCAGCACAUGAUGGCCGGAAAAGCUGGAGACGCUGGAGUACACAGGUGGGGCUAACUUCUUUUGACAUAGCCUGAGAUAACAGCUGACAUUUUGGGAUGCCACCACUGGUCUGAGCUCUGAGGAACGAGCACAAAAAUUCCGUACUGAUGACUUGUUGCUACCCAGAUUCAGGGCUUGAAAUUAGCGCUGGCAAACUCACAAAAUGUGAGUGAGAAAAAUAUCACUAGCAAACGUUUAUGAGUUAGAAUCAUCCAUGUCUCCCAAACAAAAGGAAAAAAUUUGCUAGUGGAAAAAAAAUCUUCGUAGCAAAACUUUGCAAGUGCACUAAAAAGUUAACUUCGAGAGCUGUGAUCUGGAUAGUGCUUCUGAUUGGUUGAAGCAAACUCCCUGACCUCAUGACUAAUCAGAAGCACUAUGAUCGAUCUGGGUAGUGUCACGUCAUUAGCUUGGAAUUUCUGUGCUUGUUCCUUAGAUGGGGGGAAACCAGUGGUGGUACAGUCACUAACUGCUUGCUGUUUUCUCAGGCUACUUUACUUACAGCUGUACUAUAUACUUAACAAAGGGAGAGUAGGGUAAGAAUCAGAACACUUCAUGAGAGCAGCGUGAAUGAAAUGGCUUAACAUUAACAGAAAGACUGUAAAAUUCCAAAAGACCCUUGAAAAGCUAUUCAAGCAGUCCUGAUAAUCUCCUGCCAAGGACUGCUGGCCAGCGAUAUCUUAGGGUUAAAUUAGCCUAUAAUUUUUCAUUAAACUGCAUUUAAAGUCAUUAACAAAGGUGAGUGUGAGGGAAGGUGUAGUAAAGGCUGUAGUAUCCAGGAACUAUGGCGGAGUGCAAUAUGUAACCAUGACAACCCUUUGAUCUUUGAGCUGAUCUUUCAUGUGUUAAAAGAUUACUCUCUGUAAGAUGAUGAUAUUAAUCGUUGUAAACCUCAUACAUGUAAAUUCACAGACAGCUACAUUACCUCAUGUUUUAGCAUGGGAUUAGCUGUUUGUUUUGUUUUCUUCUGUACUUAUUGAUUAAUCCACUGUUUACUAGAUUUCUUUUCUUCGACGAAAAGCUAAACAAAGUGGAGUAGAUUUGAAGUUAAUGCCAGUGGGAAUGUCAAAGAGAAAGGAGAACACAUCAAAGUUCUGUAGAGAGUAAGUCCUCAUCAAUAUACCAGAAAUUCACAUUAGUGGUUGGUCAACCAUUAAUAUGAGUUUGUGGUAAUAUUAACAUUAAUGUAUAGAUUUAACAAAGCAUAAAAGAAAAACUGGCAUAAAAUCACUAAUCACUUGUUACUUGACACUGAAUAUUAAACAGGGCUCAAGAUAUAUCUGAGACUGUUGACUGGCCAAAGAAAUUUUAGCUUGGUCACCUCCCUCUUCUGACCAGUCAAAAUGUUAAAAGUGACAUGAAAAUCACUUGAACAUACCAGCCUAACAAGCAAAAACUUAAUUUACAAAAAGGAUACUUGUUCUCUUGAAAUGUUAUGUUGUCAAAAUGUUUUCUUUUUCUGGUCGCUUGUGUAGGUGUCUGGACAAAAAGACUGGCAAACUGAAAGUACCUCCAGGCAAAUGGUCUUCUUGUCACAUUGUCUGUUGCCCAACUGUUAUUAGGGAGCUUAAGCAACCACGACAGUGAUGACGAUGACUAUGACAACAUCAAAAAAUUAAUUUUUUAGCGACGUUUUCAUUGUCUUCAUCGUUGUUGCUGCUUGAGCUCCCUCCUUUGUGUAUUUUGAGCCCUGCAGCCACUGCCUGGUUUAUCUCAUUUGCCUGUUGAUAGGUUCUGCUGGGGGGAGACCCAACUUAAAACCCCAACUAGAACACAAUGUUAUCAAUCCUUAGUAUGAUACCAAGUAGUGUCAUUAUAAAUUACCAGUAAAUCUUAAUUCCAACCUUCAGUUUGUUUCAGGUACACUUAGUGUAACAAUAAUACAGUUGUAGCGAAACUAAUUGAUACAACUGUCUGUUCUUUAGAUUGCAAUGUAUAAUGUGGAGAAUCAGAUGGCUAUUCCCCCAAGCUGGUUUUGAAUAUGUUGAUAGAGGGUAAGAAAAAUGUUCCCUAAAAUUAAGGGUGCUGUACUGAAAAUCAUAGUGCAGUCUAUGUUUAAUCAAUAAUUAUGAAAGCUUUAUUCCUGUAUUUUUGAAAGCAUGAAAGUUUACGACUGCCAAGCAUUUACCUUUUAUUACUGUGAUACAAAGUCAUAGCAAAAAACCAUUUCUUGUAAAUUGAUAUUGAACCAUAAUAUGCCUGCCAACUUUUCCUACGUGUAAGUAAUCGCCGGACUGGACUGGACUAUUUUGGGUUUAGAUUAAAAUCAAAUUUUGAUUUUAAUUCGUUUGAUAUGGUCACUGAACAUUUCACCUGGAUUUGUGAGUAAUGAAUGUGAAAUUGCCCUUUAAGCAUGAGAUUGACGUUUUCAAUCUGCAGGUGUGUGACACGCAUAAUGUAUGUGAGUUGGCAGGUAUACCAUAAUAGUACAACUAUUACCCCUGUUCAUGGUUAUUGGUGGUCUGACAGCCUAGCCUUCGAAAACAUCCAUUUCUCCUCGCUCUUUGCCGAUGGGGACGUUUCGCGUGGAGGAACGUCUGCGACUCAGCGACAGAAAUUCCAUGAUGACGUAAAAUCUGUCCGGAAUCCGGUCAGAAGGGCUGAUUGGUCAACGGAGCAGUUACAUUGUUUUGGCUAUUGUUUACGAAUGACAGACAAAAGACAAAAGGCCACAAAGGUCAAAUGUAAACGCGAAGAAUCUCUCACAAAACAGUUAAUAUUUGUGGAAUAUAGUCUUCUCUAAAAGAAGCAUUUGAGUUUUGCUGGAGCUCGUUGGUAGAUGAACACAACAAUUUACCAAAAUCGACCAGAAGACAAGUAAAAUUGGACAAAUUUACAUUUGAAACCCCAUGACCACUGAAUUUAUUAUGUAAACAUUGGAUUGCGUCAUCAGUAUGGAAUUUCUGCUGCUGAGGCGCAGGUGUUCCUCCUCGUGAAAUGUCCCCGGCGGUGAAGAGCGAGGAGAAAUACAUGUUUUCACAGGCUACCGACAGCCAUAAAUGAUUUUGACUGGUGACAACUUAAGAAUUGUCACCAUCUCGUGACCACUGAUGAUGACUGUUACUUCAUUGUCAGUCAUCACCAGUUAUACUGAUAAUGACUGCCAAUGUCGCAUUUACUUUUAACUUAUAAAUUUAUUAAUCAUCUUUUUAAUUUGAUGUAUCAUAGGGUUUCAGAACUAACAGUUGUCAAUGAAGUUCUCAGGAAGUACAUUGACCCUGAGAAGGCAGAUGCUGUUCACAAGCAAAGGUAAAACAACAAUGAAAUACUUCAUUGUAUAAAUGAUGUAGUAAACAGUGGUUUUCGAUUGCUUUUUAAAAUUAAGAGGGUAUUAUUUUCCCAUACUUCUUAACAGUAUUCGUUAACUUUUGUCAAGUUAUUUGGAAUCUUUCUGUUCAUAUACCAGCACAGAUUCUGACCCACAGGUUUGCUCAAAAGAUUCAAGAUAAAACAAAACAACUUAUUAUGAGACUUUUGGCCUUUUUGUACACACUACUGUAAUUUGUUCUGUACUAAAGGAUCCACUAUAAUGUUAUAAUUUUGUGAGUCAUAUUAUUUACAGAUUAGAAAAAAUUUGAAUUUUUUAUACCAUUUUCAAACAGUUUGAAGAAUUACUGUGCUGUUGGUCCUCAAGGAGUCUGUGUGUUUUUAAAGGUGGAAUCUUUACCUGCAUCUAAACUAAGGUAAAAUAAUGCAACAUUGGAUAUUGUGAUGUUUGAUCACAUUUGAACUGGAUUAAGACAACUUAAGUGACGUACAGUGGUCAUUGUGCAUUGCAAAGGCGACCAGCUUAAACACUUUAGGGAUGUAGCCUAAGACAGUUGAACCUUUCAUAAGUGACCACCCAAAAUGCAAACGCUUGGUGGUUGAUUACAGGAGGUGGUCGAUUACUGGAGUUGAACCACAUGGGGCCUCUUCCGGGACUGUCAUCGCCAAAACUUGGUCUCAGUUGCUUACAGGAGGUGGUCGUUUACACUAAGGUUCCAACUGUAAGGCUUUGACUGGGAAAAUUUUGGUGUUUUGGAUUGGUGGUUGCUUGUGGAAGGCAGUUGCUUAUGAGAGGUGGUCUCACAUGGAGGUUCUACUGUAUGACUGUAAUACAGUCAACUCUUGCCUUGCGAUCAUUUUGCUGUCAUGGACAUCCUGUAAAUUAGAGUACAGUUGUAUGGAAAACAGCUAAAUAUAUGGCAAAAUUUCAGUUGCAGCUGAGGUGGUUGCUUACAAGAGUUUUAAAACAAUAGAUAAUUCUAAAACUGUCAUUCUAAAAAGUGGUUGCGGUCGCCUAUGAAAGGUGGUCAUUUACAAGAGGUUCCAGCCAUAAGGUUUUGACUGGGAAAAUUUUAUUUGGAUUGGUUGUUGCUUAUGGUAGGCGGUCACAUACUUACAAGAGAUGGUCACACAUGGAGGUUUGACUGUAGUUCAUGAAUAGCGUCCAUGUGAGUUAACACAUAGACUAAUUUCAUUCACUUUUUAACAUCCUAAUGAUUUUUUUGCCUUUUUGUUUUAACAAACUAUUGUUCUUUUGGGCAUCACAGACGAGUUAAAAUUGCUGUAAAAUGAUUCCAAUUAGCACAUAUUUCUCACACUCUCACUUUUAAGGACAUCUCAUCAGGUGCUGGGGGUAUCCACAAUAAUGCGAGUUGACUGUAAUGACAAUCAUCAUCAUCAUGAAACUUACAAUGCGUGUUUUGCAGUGAAAUAAAUUUAUUGAGCUCAAUGAUUGCCCUGUAAAGUGAUAACUAAGGCCCUGAAAGGAACUGCCUUAAAUACGAUUAAAGAUGGAGAUCACUGGCCAGCUGGAUGCACAUUAACCGGAAGUGGCCUUUUUGCACUCUUGACCCAUCAUUUUGAACAAAAUUUUGGGCAAAUUGUCUCCAUAAGAGUAAAGACACUUAGCAAUACAAAUUUGGUAAGAUCAAGGCAUAUCAAAGGAGAAAAAGGCCCCCACAUUCGGUUGAUGUGUGUUGCUCAAAAACAUUGCUGCUUAAUCUCGGCCCUGAUGUCUCUUGUUUAGCCUCGCCUGGUAAAUUUGAUUUAGACACACAAGAUGAUGAAGAUGGAAGUAAGUAAGAAGGGCAUGUUAAAAAAGUACAAUACAGUCUUUUAUGGUUUCUUUAUAUUAAAAACAAGGGAGGUGAGGCUGGGGAGAGGAACUCAAAAGCCAUGUAUUAAAAGAGAAGGAUGGGAUAAGGGAACUCAAACCAAUCAAUACCCUGUGAGCAGAGGUGUUUCUCUUGCAUGGCUUGUCUUUAGUGUUGUUUUUCUUGGAGCAUAAACAAACCAACUACACAACAGACAAGACAUUUAAAAGACUUUGUAAGCGAUAAAACCAUGCAAGAGAGAAACCUCUGCUCGCAAGGAACCAAUCAAAAUUCUUGAAGAAAUGCAUGGCAAAUUAUCUUAUAGUCUGAAAUAGGAGGUGGAGAGGUAUGACAUUUCAGACUAUCUAUAUUUCUUAGUACAAAUUGUAGGACUAAAUUCUUUGUACUUUGUAGGUAUCAUAAGUUGGAUACUUCUAAACCCCUAAAGGAAUGCCUAAACAACAAGACCAUCAUUGAAUUCCCUACUUUGCAUGUUGUGCUUGCUGACAAGGCAGCAAGCUACAUCUCCCAAAGUCAAGAGGAAACCUUUGUUGCUGUCACAGAGAGUGCAACAUGA